AUGCCUUUCACCAAUGAUACGCUAUUAGAAACAUCGAUAUUGUCAUCAUCACAAAUUAAUUUUAAUAAUAAAAAUCAUCGACCAUCAAAACGUUUUCGUCCAUUAGUGCAAUGUAACCAUAUUGAUAAAUUAACGAAUGAACAAUGUACAGCCGAUGGUUUUAUGGAAUGUGUUCAUUGUGAUCAAAUAUGCUGUCUUAUUCAUAUAACUCAGCAUCAAGAUGAAUUAAAGCAAUUGCGAGACAAUCUUCUUGAAGAAGCUAGUGAAACUUAUAUAACAUUAAGUGAAAUGCAAGUAACUGACUCUCGUAAACAACUUCAAUCAAACUUAGUUUUAUGGAAAACAAGAAUGUUGACUAAAAUUGAACGGAUUUACGGCAAACUUCUUGAUGAUGUAGAAGAAUCAUUUGUCAAAGUUAGUUCAGACUUUGAAGUAAUAAAAAAAAAUCUUGCAAAUGAAUUUGAAGAAAAUGUUUCCUCAAAAUUAGAGCGUCUUUCAAGCAAAUGUGAUUUUUAUCCUCAUGAACUUGACGAAUUAAGGCUGUCAUUAAAUGAAAUGCAUAUUCGUAUACGUGAGGCACGUACAUCAAUGAUAAAUAUUGACUUCGGUAAUGGAAAUAUGUGUCUAUUAGAUAGUGAUGAUAGAUUUGAAUUUACUAAUAAUAUUGAAUCACCAAAAAUUACGAUUCAAACAAAACCUGAUAUCGAACGUAUUCUAAAUGGUUCCUAUCUAAGACAAUUUAAUAUUGAAAUCGAUAAUGAUUCAAAUCAUAUUCCACUGUUAUAUGAUACAUCAAAUACACAUCUACUUGUUUGUAAUCAUGAAAGUAACACUCUUGAAUUAUUUAAUCAUGUAGAACGUAUUGGUGGAGGUUUUUGGCCAAAAGAUUAUUCAUUAAUAACAUGCAUUAAAUGGUGUUCAUAUUUAAAUACAUUUCUUGUUCUUUGUUCUCAAUCACUUUAUGCGCUUAAUUGCUGUCAAGAACCAUUUAAUAUUUAUCCAAUCACACAAGUAACGCCUAUUGAUGGUAAUCCUAUGAAAUACAUUAGUAUCAAUAAUGAUAUUUUGCUAAUUAAACAUGGCCAUGGUUUAUUUGUUGAUAGUUAUUCAUUAGAAAAAAUGGAAUUAAUUAAACGUUGGACAAAAAAUGAUUUUUAUCCUGAUACUGAAAAUACAAUUUAUAUUCAUCGUAUCGAAUUAUAUUCAAAUUUUUGUCUUGCAAUGAAUGUUGAAAUCGAUGAAGAUAAUGAUGUUUUAGAUUUAUUUAUUUUUCCUAAUAUGCAACAUUUACGAAGAAUAGACAAUUCUUACUUAUUACUUUACUUACCAUUAAAUAAUUAUUGGAUAAUAAAGCAAAAAAAAGAAAAUAAUCAAACAGAUUUAUGUCUUUUAGAUCAACAUGGGCAUAUUGAUCAGUUAAACAUAAACAAUAGUGAAAAUAUCAAGUGUAUACGUUUAUUUGGAAAAAACUAUCUAUUAGUGAUGCGACAAAAUAAAACAUCGAUUCUGAUGCAGUUAUUUCACAUUGAUAAGUUCUAG